ACGAAGAAUAUAUCAAAAACGAAAGGAGGAAAAUGUCUUCCUCCUACGGUAAAGUCGACGAGCGUGAACAUGUGCUCGAAGCUCGUCGGAACUCGAGGAAGAGAAUCACAAUCAUCGUCGUAUCACUACUCGUUCUCGUCGGUAUCGUGAUCGGAGCCGUCUUCGGAACCAUGUCUAACAAGAAGUCAACGACGGUGGAAACCAGCGAUAACGGAGACUCAAUCUCCGUUUCCGUUAAAGCCGUUUGCGACGUUACACUACAUAAAGACAAGUGUUUCGAAACGGUCGGAUCAGCUCCAAACGCAAGCAGCCUCAAUCCAGAACAGCUCUUUAUAUACGCCGUCAAGAUCACAAUCGCAGAAGCCACGAAAGCUCUCAACGCUUUCUCCUCUUCAGGAGACAACACCACCAUGCAUGCUUGCGUCGAGCUUCUUGACCUAACGAUAGAUAACCUCGAAAACACGUUGACAUCAUCACAAAACGGUGACGUCACGUUACCUGAGCUAGUCAGUGACCUCCGUACAUGGCUGAGCUCAGCAGAGACGUACCAAGAUACUUGUACAGAGACGUUGGCUGAGUCUAACCAUCCAGAUUCUAAGACGUUCGGAGAAAGUCAGCUCAAGAACGCAACGGAGCUAACGAGUAACGCCUUGGCUAUCAUCACAUGGCUCGGUAAGAUAGCUGACUCCUUCAAACUCAGGAGGCGUUUGCAGAGUGCUGACGUGGCGGUGGAUUUAAACGUGGGGAGGAGGUUGUUGCAGAGCACUGAUUUGAGGAGAGUGGCGAAUAUUGUGGUGGCGAAGGAUGGUUCGGGGAAGUGUAAGACGAUAAGUACGGCUUUAAAGGAUGUGCCUGAGAAGAGUGACAAGAGGACGGUUAUAUAUGUGAAGAAAGGAGUUUAUUUUGAGAAUGUGAAAGUGGAGAAGACCAUGUGGAAUGUUGUUGUGGUUGGAGAUGGAGAGAGCAAGAGUAUUGUCUCUGGUAAACUCAAUGUCAUUGAUGGAACUCCCACUUUCCAGAGCGCCACGUUCGCUGUGUUCGGGAAAGUGUCCUCCAUUGCAUAUGUAUAUGUUGGCCAUUAUACAUGUUCUAAAUGUCAAAAGCACUCUAUAUUUCUUUGA